CAAGACUGUGUCGCUUAAUUAAAAAGGCUAGAGCGGAUGAUCAUGAAGAAGAGGAACAGAUGUGGUCUUGGAUGACGGAUCAAUCAAUGAUUCAGCCUUGAAUACGUUGCACCAAAGGAAGAAACAAUCCACUUAAAAUAUGCUCUAUCACUGGUUAUGUUGGACUAAUGUUCACACCAUCGAAUUUUGUUUGUCUCAAGAAAGUAAAAUAUGCCGGAUUUCAAAUCAACUAAAGGAAACCGGGUGACAACAACAAUAAACACAACAACAGCAAUGCCCUGAAUGGAUGCAAAACAAAAGUGUCAAAUCCCGGCUCAGUUUCAUCGAGCAUGACCUUCAAUCACGGGUUACCUCCGGAGCUGCAGGAGCGCAUUUUAUCAUUCCUCGACAUCCAAUCUUUGGUCCGGUGUGAGCAGGUGUGCCGUUAUUGGCUCCACCUCAUCCGCACGUCUUCCUGCCUCUACCCAGCCCUAUGGCGCGGGUUGAUUCGUAGCCGACCGUCUUUGGAGGUCACUCUUCAGGUACAUGCCCCGCCCCGCUCUCCUCCGUUUCAUGCUUACGCUCGAAGUUUGCACGAAUUACACCGACAAGGCUAUCGAGGCUCCCAUCCACAAGUGACUGUGAUCGAAUGUCCCAUUAUUGACCCUCAGGGUCAGCGAAUUGAGGUGUCCGAAACUUGGUCAGCCGCAGUCAAUUUCACCGGGGUCUACGACAUGGUCUGGGAUCUGGAUGAGUGCCUCAUGACUUGCAGUGUCCUGGAUCAAAUCCAAGUCUGGGACAUGCGCACCCUCUCCCUCGCCCAAACCCAUUCCGGCCUGUCCCUCGACGGCCAAACCUCGCGGUGUGUCUGCUUCAGUGCCUCAGGACAGUCGUUGGUCUGCGGUCACGAUGACGGCACGGUUCAUCUAAAGAACUUGCUCACGGGCUCGCUCAUAGGAGGCGUGCGCUCCGUGAGCGAUUUCAUCGCCGAUCUCAAAGUCUUGGGCCCGGAAGUGUUCUGUGUGGGACUCCGAGGGCGCCUCUAUCGAGCCGCCCUGGGUGCCCAAGGGCUCUCCACCUUCGAACUACUCGUCCAGUACGAAGGCCACCGGGAAUACAACACCCGGGAAACGGAGAGACUGUUGGAGUGCAAUGCCCGGCGGAUCGUGGCCACGAGUCGGAAAGGCUUUCUGGUCUACGAUCGAGUCCGACGGACCUCGACCUUUGUGGAUUGCCCGGACAACCCGGCCCGCUCUUACGCCCUCUGUCUGACCUCGUGUCAUCCGGAUGAAGUGUUCAUGGGCUACGAGCGAGGUCGGGUGUCGCGAUACUCAUGGCAGGAUGAGCUCUGGGCCACCCAAACGUUUUUCACCCCGGAUUUGGAGAACGUCACCGCCGUAGCCGUGGACGAAAGGUUCCUGGUGGUAGGUGACGCUCGCGGGGAGCUUCAUAUCUAUGAUAAACAGAACAUGAUGGGUCCCCUAAGUUUGUUACAAGUCCUGCGCACGGGUCACGCUUACGGUAGUUUCAUAUGGGGUGUACAUCUGGACGGGUCGCGGAUCAUGAGCGGGGAUUCCGACGGGAAACUCGUGGUUCACGACUUCUUCCGCGAUCACGACCCGACGAAUCGGGUGGUCCGAUUGGAAUAAUGGCCUUUCAGUAUGAUUGGGAUUGAUUAUUAUUAUAACAAUUAUUAUUGAGACAAAAAGACCCGAUAAUAAAGUAAAAAAAGAAGAAAAAAAACGGGGCAAAAACAUGAAUCAAGAACUUGGUGGCUGACACGCAUUCCUCACAGGCUGCUUUCAUCUCGGGACUCG